GCUGUGUGUUUGACAUCCGCCAGUUUCUCUUUGGGGUAAUACAUUCAAAGAACGAAGCGGCAUAUUCAAGUGAAAAAAACAACAUCACAAACGUGAAAAUGCCACGCAAGAGGAAUACCACUGCCGCAUCAACCCGGGCAAAACCAAAGUUGCCACCAUCUGAUGCAGAUGAACUUGUUAACGGACUGACAUAUGAACAGCGGAAAGAAAAACUUACCAAUAUUGUGCAUGAUUUUAAAUUAAAUGUGGCUGAGCUCACAAAGCAGUAUGAAGAGGAAAUGGAACGCAUGAAAAAGAUGGUUGACAAACACUUCUCACAGAUCAUGUUGAAGCUCUCACCGAGAGAGCUUCAGAUGACAUUAGAGGAGUAUGUUGAGUAUCUUGAUGCAGAAGAGAAAGACGAGAUUGCUCCCUUGCCGUCAACUGCCACGAGUGCCAUACUUACUGAACCCCCACUGCAGCGUCUACAGAAUAUACAGUCCACACUGAGCAAGUACAAGAACCGGCGUGCGAUUGACACCAUACCAGAGGAAGGCAACUCAUCAGAGACUACCACUGUGAAGAAGACAACCAGAAAAAAGACGGUUGUCAAAGGAAAAGGUGUCACCUUCAAUGCCGAUGAGCCAAUAAAUAGCUUUGUUACGCCUGCGGCCGGUUCCCGCAACAUGUCCAUGCUGGGCUGGGGAGCCACACCGAUGGUCACACCCAAGUUCGAUCCCCGUCUGCCAAUCACCCCUGCGAUGAAACGAAACGUUAAACCGGAUGAACUUAUCAUGUCAAUGGCCGGAAGUCCUGUCAACAUUGACCGGAAAAUGACAAUCAUUGCGGACAACGGUGAAGAGAUAGAUGUGAUGUUACCAGAACGCAGCACAAUAAGUGACAUGCAGAGAAUCUUGGGUAGGAUUGUGAAUAAGACCUAAGAAUUUUCAAUUGGUGAUAAAUCCCUGUUAGAUCACACUUUUUAGCCUAUUACUGUACCAACACUG